AUGGCUAGGAUUCGGUGCUCUCACCACCGCGAACUGGCCACAAUCACUGGCUGGGAACUGAAACCCUGCUUCAAGCUGCUGCAAGGCCAAGGCCACCAGAGAUCAGAGGUGUACGUGGGCAGUAGCGGGGGCGAGCCCUUCGACCCCAAGUUUGUGCUGAGCCGCUCGGUGUCCAACAUUAUCUGCUCCGUGAUCUUCGGCACCCGUUUCGACUACGACGAUAAGCGUCUGCUCACCCUUAUCCACCCCAUCAAUGACAAGUUCCAAAUCAUGAGCAGCCCCUGGGGAGAGGUCAGGAGGCCUACUCUGCUCCAUCCUCUGAGGUACCAUAUCUUUCCGAGCCUCCUGGACUGGGUGCCCGGGCUGCACCAACACCUUUUCCAGAACUUCGGACGCAUGAAGGACCUCAGCCACAGUGUCUGUGACCACCAGGCCUCCCUCGACCCAAACUCUCCCCGGAACUUCAUUGAUUUCCUUACCAAGAUGGCACAGGAGAAGCAGGACCCGCUGAGCCACUUCCACAUGGAUACUCUGCUGAUGACCACACACAAUCUGCUCUUUGGAGGCUCCGAGACCGUGGGUACCACGCUGCGCCACGCUUUCCUCGCGCUCAUGAAGUAUCCAAAAGUGCAAGCCCGCGUACAGGAGGAGAUCGACCGCGUGUUGGGACGCGCGUGGCUGCCUGCGCUGGAGGACCGAGCGGCCAUGCCUUACACAGAUGCGGUGAUCCACGAGGUGCAGUGCUUCGCAGACGAUCCCAUGAGCUUUCCACACCGCGUCGCUCGGGACACGACUUUUCAAGACUUCCUGCUACCCAAGGGCACGGAUAUCAUCACCCUCCUUGAUACAGUCCACUACGACCCCAGCCAAUUUCUGACGCCCUGGGAAUUCAACCCUGAGCAUUUUCUGGUUGCCAAUCAGUCCUUCAAGAAGAGCUCUGCCUUCAUGCCUUUCUCAGCCGGUGAGAGCCGGCUGUGCCUGGGCGAGUCGCUGCGGCGCGGGGAGCUCUUCCUCUUCCUCACCGCCAUCCUGCACUUCUUGCUGGAGCCGCUGGGGGCGCCCGAGGACGUCGACCUGACCCCGCUCAGCUCCGGCCUCUGCAAUUUGCCGCGGCCUUUCCAGCUGUGCCUGCGCUCGCGCUGACGCCGCAUCCCUUUCAGGUUCGCCAGUGAGCGUUGAGGACCG